UAGUGUCGAGUCCCCUUUGAGGGAAGGAGCAGCGAAGAGGGCCACUAGUUGGGGAUCUAGAGCAGAGGGGCUACCGAAAGGACGCCGAGGGCUGUAGAGAUGAGGACAACGAGGAGACUCCAUGGAGGGCAGUAGUGGUGGAGAGAUGUCUGGAGAAACCAUAAUCAGUGAGGGGCUGCGAUGGGAGAAGCUGUAAAGGACCAGAGAGGUAGGGAGCCAGAUAGAGGGACAGAGACGUGAAAGGGUCGUGCAGAAGGGCUUGGAUGGAAGUAGCAAUGUGGAAGGGCUGAAGAGGAUUCAGAGAGAUGUUUAUGAAGAAGAAGUUUGAAGAGAGAGAGAAGCUACCUAGAAUGAGCUCUUAAGAGUGCUGUGUGGAGGAUCCCUAAUAGGGUCUGACCUAGUGAAGACACCUGAACCAGGCACCUAAGGCAUUUGAGGUAGGGACUUUCCCUAUUUGACUAGGAAUGUGGGUCCUUCUCCGAAGUGGGUACCCCCUUCGUAUCCUGCUGUCCCUGCGUAAGAAGUGGAUGGGUCGGAGGAGCCUGCCUCGAAGCUUGGUCCCAGGCCCUCCUCGCAGAAGGUACAGGAAGGAGGCUCUCCCUGCCUUGGAGACACCAGUGUUGCCUGUAACUGCAACUGAAAUCCGCCAAUAUUUGCGGGCACAUGGGAUCCCCUUCCAGGAUGGCCACAGCUGCCUGCGGACACCCAGCCCCUUUCUGGGGGCCUCACAGCUCAAGGACCAGACUGGUGCUACCACUUCCUUCAGCCUCUUCAUUGACAAGACCACAGGCCGCUUUCUCUGCAUGACCAGCCUAGCAGAGGGGAGCUGGGAAGACUUCCAGGCCAGUGUGGAAGGGCGCCGGGAUGGAGAUAGAGAAGGGAUCCUGCUUAGUGAAGUCCCUGGAGCUGAGGACAGUGAGGAGGUCCGGAGAAUCUGGGACCGAGCAAUACCUCUCUGGGAGCUGCCUGAGCUGGAGGAGGCCCAGCUGGCUCGUGUGAUGUUUGGCCUUACCAAAGUGACAGAUGACACACUCAAGUAUUUCAGUGUGCGGUAUCUGCGGCCUGCUCGAAGCCUUGUCUUCCCUUGGUUCUCCCCUGGAGGUUUGGGAUUACGAGGCCUGAAGCUCCUAGGGGCUGAAGGCCAGGGGGAUGGAGUGCACUAUGUUGAAACCACCAUUCCUCGGCCUGGUGCCUACCACAAUCUGUUUGGAUUACCACUCAUCAGUCGUCGAGAUGUUGAGGUGGUACUGACCAGUCGUGAACUGGACAGCCUGGCCUUAAACCAAUCCACAGGGCUGCCCACUCUUGCCCUUCCCCGAGGAACCGCCUGCUUACCCCCCGCCUUGCUUCCUUACCUUGAACAGUUUCGACGUAUUGUUCUCUGGCUGGGGGAUGACCUUCGGUCCUGGGAAGCUGCCAAGUUGUUUGCCCGAAAGCUGAACCCCAAGCGAUGCUCCUUGGUGCGUCCAGGGGACCAGCAUCCCCGUCCCCUGGAGGCCCUGAACCGAGGCUUAAAUCUUUCUCGGAUUCUGCGUUCUGCCCUACCCGCUUGGCACAAGUCUAUUGUGUCGUUCCGGCAGCUUCGGGAAGAGGUACUAGGAGAACUGUCAAAUGUGGAACAGGUAGCUGGUGUUCGCUGGAGCCGUUUCCCAGACCUCAAUCGUCUCUUGAAGGGACAUCGGAAGGGCGAGCUGACAGUCUUUACAGGGCCGACAGGCAGUGGAAAGACGACAUUCAUCAGUGAGUAUGCCCUGGAUUUAUGUACCCAGGGGGUGAACACGCUAUGGGGUAGCUUUGAGAUCAGCAACGUGAGACUAGCCCGGAUCAUGCUGACACAGUUUGCUGUGGGGCGGCUGGAAGAGCAACUGGACAAAUACGAUGAGUGGGCGGACCGCUUUGAGGACCUCCCCCUCUAUUUUAUGACUUUCCACGGGCAACAGAGCAUUAGGACUGUAAUAGACACAAUGCAACACGCAGUCUACGUCUAUGACAUUUGUCAUGUGGUCAUCGACAAUCUGCAGUUCAUGAUGGGUCACGAGCAGCUGUCCACAGACAGGAUUGCAGCUCAAGACUAUAUCGUCGGAGCCUUUCGGAAGUUUGCAACAGACAGUAACUGCCAUGUGACACUGGUCAUUCAUCCCCGGAAGGAGGAUGAUGAUAAGGAACUGCAGACAGCAUCCAUUUUUGGUUCAGCCAAAGCAAGCCAGGAAGCGGACAAUGUUUUGAUCCUGCAGGACAGGAAGCUGGUAACUGGGCCAGGGAAACGAUAUCUGCAGGUGUCCAAGAACCGUUUUGAUGGAGAUGUAGGUGUCUUCCCACUUGAAUUCAACAAGAACUCUCUCACCUUCUCCAUACCACCAAAGAGCAAGGCCCGGCUCAAGAAGAUCAAGGAUGAAAAUGGGCUAGUGGCCAAAAAACCCUCUUCUGGCAAAAAAGGGGCUGUGCCCCAGAACUCUGAGACUUGCUUGGGUGAGGCCCCCAACCCCUACCAGCCAGACCCCUCCAAACUUUCCAGGUGAAGGAUGUACAGAACAGGACACUGGAACGAGCCUGAUAGGGCAGGCUGGGACAUGGACUCUUUCUUGGCCCUCUGCUAGGACUGCCUCUGUCCUGUGGUCCUAAGCUAUGGGCCCUUCUCAGUCUGAGGGGCCUAGCCUAGGGCAAGGUCCCGUAGUGAGAGAAUUCAAUUUAGCAGAUAUUUGAGAACCUACUGUGUGCUAGGCUUUGUUCUAGGUUGGGGGAAUACAGCACUAACAAUACAGAUGAGGUCCCUGCUUCCGUGAAAAAUGCAGUCUGGUGGGGGGACAAGAUAAGCUAAUGGAUAAAUACAGAACAUCAUUUUCGAUAGUGAAAAAUGCUAUUUGAAAAAUAGUAAUGCGAUAGUGCUUACAGGCUAGUUUAGAUUAAGGUCUGAAAACUUGUCUCUGAGCAGAGGACAUUUGAGCUGGGGCCUAAAGAACUAGUAUUGAGCCAUGUGAACAUCUGGAGAAAGAGAUAUCCAGGCAGAAGGAAAAGUAAAUAUAGAGGCCCUGAGGUGGGAAUGAGCAAGUAAGUUGAGUUCAAAGCAAUGGGGUCAGGCCCCCUGAACCUGGAGAACAGGAGACUUCUUGCCAAAAUUCCAGCCUAGGCUUUUGGAGCCAAAGGGUGACAUGGUGGGUACCAAGCUCCUCUGCUCCCCACUCUGGAGCCUGCUAUGUGGUGGAACUCGCUAUCAUUGGAUCCUAGGUGUUUGGCCAGAGAGCCAUGGAAAGAAGCUGUGAGCCCAGAGUGCUUGCCACCUGGAUACUGAUUGUAUGGUAUGCUGCCUCUGACCACUUUAGUGGAUGCAGUCAUAACUUUUUGUAGAGCCUUUCCCAGUUUUUACUGAAAAAAAUUAUUUUCCAUUGGC